AUGGAGUGUUCUGAAUAUUUCAAGACGAUGCAUCCAGUGUAUACGAACAUUUCUGCGCAGUUUACUGGGAUUGGGCAUAUACUGAUUGAUGGAGGGGCGUUGAUGAGCGAGGUGUGUAGGAGAUAUAGAUUGAAUGAUGCAAGUGUGCCUUUGCAUACGUAUUUGCAUGGGACUAGGUUUAUGCUGCAGAAUCUCAAGAAAGCAGGGUUUUGUGGAAUGAUGCUGUUUUUCCGAAGGGAGGAUGGAUACAGGAGGGUGGUCAAGGAGUAUCUGCAGCGAAGAUUUGGAGGGAUGGAUAUAAGCGAAGUACAAGAGUAUGUUGAGAACGAAAGGGUCGCACUUGUUCUUGGCGGGGCUGAAGGGAGAGAGCUUGAGUUUCUGUAUGGAUGUUUGGGAAUUAGCCUUUACUGUGCGGUGAUGGAGCAUAUGGAGUUCAGGAUACCGAAUGUGCAUGCUUUUGUGUAUAGUCCGUUGCCUCGAAGAGUUGAGAUGAGCCUAAAUAUGUAUGAUGCAGCAAAUAAGGGCGAGGAAGGCGAUGGGGAGGAGGACAAGGAUGUUGGUGAGGAGAUGAAGAAGAUGGGAGCAAAUAUGACGCUUGAAGAGAUGGAUAGGAGGUUUAAGAUGAGGACUGAGCCCUUUGGAAGGAGUGAGUAUGAAGUGCCUGAGUGUAUUUGCAGAAAGCUUGCUAGGAUGUACAGCAGGGGAGGCGAGGACGGGGAGAAGGAUUUUGACGGAAGAAUGCUGUAUGAGGAGGUGCCGAUGAGCAUAAUCAGGGAGGAGGAGGGAUAUGAUGUGAUAAUUGGCCAAGGGCAUAAGCAGAUAGCCAGCAAACAGGAAGGAAUAGAGCUUGAGCUGCUGACGAAUGGAAAGGAGAUGCCAGCAGGAUCGGCAAUGUCGCACAUGAGGAAUGUCAGGAAGUCUGCACAGUCGCUGUUUGAUGGAAAGGUGCUAUAUGCACCCAUAGUGAGGUCUAAGGAAAGCAAGGCACCGAAGAUAUCGAACAAGCAGAAGAUGAUAAUGGAAGCGAACAGUAGGAGGAUCCAGGCAGAGAAGGAGGCAAAGGAGAAUGCAUGGCUGAAGAGUUUUUUUGGUAAGUACAAGGGAUUAGAUGUUGAUGGAAAGCGGAGUCUAUUGGAGAGUGUGAAGGCAGAUGGGUCUGGGAUGUACAGGAAGGUGCUGCUGUUGAAGAUUGAAUUUUACACUGAUCUGUGGGGCUUUGAAAGCAAGUCUGAUGAUUAUGAUGAAAGGGUAGUUGUUCCAUGCUAUCUGAGCUGUCUUGAGUAUAUCCAGGACUUUGGAAAGCUGGGGAGCAAGGAUCAGGCGCCGAAGGAGGAACUUGAGUUUGUAUUGCAGAAGCUGAUUGACUGUGGAUUUGAGGCCACUGCAAGGGAGGUUGUUGAGAAGAAUGGGCUGAAUAGUCUGGAGCUUGAGUAUGUGACGGAAGAGGGGAGCGAGCCGAACGAAUUUGACAUUUGCUUCCAGUUGAAGUACACAGGAGAUAGAUUGCAAAGAAGCCUGAACUCGAAGUCGGAUGCACGUGUUCUUUUCAAGCCUGAUGAGUGGCAGGUGCGCUUGCUUGAUCUUGUGGAUGAGAACAAGAGCGCGGUGAUAUCUGCGCCAACGAGUGCGGGAAAGACGUUUAUCUGUUUCUAUGCAAUAGAGAAGGUGCUGAGGGAGAGCGAUACUGAUGUGGUGAUUUUCUGUUUGCCUACAAAGGCGUUGGUGAAUCAGGUGUCAGCAGACAUAUAUGCAAGGUUUACGCCGAAGGUGAAUUCGAAGAUGUUUCUGCAAGGAAGCCUGAUGAAGGAUUUCUGUGUUGCGCCAUGGGAUUGCCAGGUACUGAUUGUGAUACCAUCGCUACUGGAGUCGAUACUGAACUCGCCGCCAAAGGGGUUUAUUGAGCGUGUCAGGUACAUUAUUAUUGAUGAGGUGCAUAAGAUUGGAAGCGAGGAGAUGGGGAUACCGAUUGAGAGGAUAGUGCAUCUUUCGCCUUGCCCGAUGCUGGUGCUGAGCGCAACACUUGGGAACAUUGAUGGGUUUUAUGGGUGGAUGAAGAAGAUAGAGAAUGGGAAAGGGCGGGAGUGUGAGCUUGUAUCAUACGGAGAAAGGUACUGCGAGCUGAAGCCGUAUGUGUAUGCAGGAGCAGGGAGCCAGAAGAUAGUGGCGAUAAACAAUCUGUUUGCAUAUUCGUAUACACACAUAAAGCGGUUUGGGUUUGGAAACGACAUCAGCUUUCUUCCUGAGGAGCUGCUGCAUCUGUAUGACUCCAUAUGUGCGGUUGUUGGGGAGGAGCAGCUGGAUCAGAUUAGUGGGCUGAUGCCCAAGAACUUUUUCAAGAGCAACAUUGUAUCGAAGAAGGAUGUGAACGAGUAUGGAAGGCAUUUGCUGAUGAAAUUUCAAGAGAUGAUAGAGAACGAUGUGCUAUCUGAGAAGCAAGUCAGCAAUGUAUACAAGAUGCAGACAAGGGAGGUGCAGAAGGCGUUUAAGGGAGUCAACGAUUACAGCGAUGAGUAUCUUCUUGACAAUAUGCUUGAUAUGCUGCUUGAGCUGAAAGAGAGGAGGAUGUUUCCCUGCAUUGUUUUCAAUACGGACAGGGACUUUGUCAGCAAGCUUGCAUUGAGAGUUUAUGAGAAGCUGGAAAGCAUGGACAUGGAGAAGAAGAGGAACAAGCAUCUUGAGAAGAUGAUGAAGGAGGCGAAGAGAACGAGGGAUGCUGAGAAAGGCAAGAAUAGUUGGGAAGAGGAGUCAGCAGCAGCGGAGCAGAGCUUCCAGAUGCGAGACGACAAGAAGAGCAUCAAGUAUAGUUUUCUUGAUGCAUUGACGAAGCUUACUGACUAUGAGCUUGACGAGGAGACGAAGUUUAUGAAGAACACCGACUUUGAGUUUAUUGACAUGCUGUACCGAGGGAUUGGAGUCCAUCAUGCACACAUGAACAAGAGGUACCGGUCUCUUGUUGAGAUACUGUUUAGGCAGAAGCAUCUGCAGGUGCUUUUUGCAACAGAGACGCUAGCUCUUGGGAUCAAUAUGCCAUGCAGGAGCGUUGUGUUUGCAGGAGACUCGCUGCAGCUUGAUCCGAUGAACUACAAGCAGAUGGCAGGGCGGGCAGGGCGGCGAGGAUUUGACACGCUUGGAAAUGUGGUUUUUAUGGGCAUUCCUCAGCACCGUGUCCAGAAUCUUAUGGUGUCGCUGCUUCCGAACAUCAAAGGUGUGUAUACGUAUUCGAACACAAGUUUUGUUGGGUUUGACUUGAAGGAGUCUUUGAUCAAGAGCCCGUUGUUGGAAAGCACGUUGUACAGCAAUCUGGAGGAUGUCGAGAAGGGAGUUGACGAGGUGAAGAUUGGCUAUUCGGCAAAGAAUCAGAAGGAUGUGAUGGCAGGCAGCAGAAGGGGGGGUGCAGAAAAGAACGAGGACUGCAUGCGUGUGUACGACAUGAGUGAUGUGUAUGGAAGUGAGAAGCAUAGGGGUGAACUUGUAGAGUAUCAACUGGAGUUGAUUAGGCCUUAUUUUGGCUGCAAGUCGUAUCUUUGCGACCUUGUGAUUGGAAACAGGGAGUGUGAUCCGUCGAUUUUGGCGUUUGCUCUGCUACUUGAGUGCAAUGCGAUUUCGUUUGAGCCGAUGUGUUUUAUGACGACGCUGGCGCAUUUUUUUGAGACGAGGCCGCUGCUGUUUGAUAUGGGAUGCACGCUUCUUGCGCUGGACCCAGCAGUGGAUGAGUUCUGUAAGAGGAUCAAUGCAGUCUCAAGGAGAUCUGUAAGCAGGUUCUAUCCACCGAUUCUAAAGUCACUACAGCAGAUGUCUGAUGCACCACUACACACGAUAUACUCGUUCUUGGUAGUGGACAACGCUGAUAAGAUAAAGAACUCGUAUCUUGUUGACUUCUUCAAGCAUGGAAGCUGGGAGAGGAUCGCAUGCGAGAACCGUAUUGGGUCUGGAGAGCUUUUCAAGUCGUUGAGCGUCAUCAACAAUGUUGUACUGGCAUUGAUUAGACUUUAUGAUGAUUAUGAUUUGUGCAAGGAGAGCAGGUCUAAGAUAGUGAGAUUCUACUCUCUGUUUGAUCCGAAGUUCAAAUCAAUAUAUGCAUGA